AUCCUCGCCCCCGAGAGACGUUACACAAGUUGGCUUGUAACGUGAGGAGCAACCCGGAAAUGGAUGUAAACAACCACCUAUCGCUGCAGUGAAGCUCCGGUGCGAGAUUGAACGCAGAAAGCCACGUUUUAUUCAAGUGACUGGCGCGAGGCUACAUCUGGGUUGAAGAUGCUUAAGACCAUCGGACAAGCUCUGUUUUCAACAGGACUGCAGUACCCCAAGCACUCAAAUCUUGAGAGUAAGGGCGAAGACUACGAGGUCCGCACGUAUGAGGUCACCAACUGGGUGAGCACCACGCUGACGGGCAUGGAGUUGGACCCAGCGAUGAAUGCGGGAUUCAGAAGACUCUUCAAAUACAUUCAGGGCGAGAACGAGAGAAAGGAGAAGGUGGAGAUGACGGCUCCUGUGACGUGUCGUGUAGAACCAGGUGCUGGUCCGGCGUGUGAGACCACCUUCACCGUCUCCUUCUUCAUCCCCGAGCAGAACCAGGCCGACCCGCCCAAACCCACCAACCCCGAGGUGUUCAUCGAGAACCGGCCCGAGUUCACAGCCUUCGUACGGACGUACGGGGGCUUCAGUCGAGAGCAGACGGUCCGUGAGGAGCACCUGAAGCUGGCUGAGAGUCUCCGCAGAGACGGGGUGCCGUUCCGCGAGGAACCGUACUACAGAGCGGGGUACGACAGCCCCUUCAAGCUCACCAACCGCAGGAACGAAGUCUGGCUCCUGCAGUAGGGUCCAGUGGGAGACGGCAGGGACUACAGGAGCCAGGAAGGGCCAAAAGAGGCAAGGACUUGCAGCUGUAGUUCGAGGUCAAGGGUCGGCCUUGAGGUGUUUUAUUGGCCUGAUGCUGUUGAAGUCGCCGUGAGUCAAGUGACUCAUCUAAACAGUAACUAACCCGAGAUGACUUAAGAUCAUAACGCAUAACGUCAUGAAGCAGCUGACACACUUGUGAGGGGGUAUUAAAUGAUUGUUAGGGGGUAAUAAAUGAUUGUUAGGGGUAUUAAAUGAUUGUUAGGGGGUAUUAAAUGAUUGUUAGGCGGUAUUAAAUGAUUGUUAGGGGGUAUUAAAUGAUUGUUAGGGGGUAUUACAUGAUUGUUAGGGGGUAUUAAAUGAUUGUUAGGGGUAUUACAUUAUUGUUAGGGGUAUUACAUUAUUGUUAGGGGUAUUAAAUGAUUGUGAAGGGCAGAGGCCUUUCUUAGGUGUGUGCCUUAGCCUUAAAGGUCACUUUAAGGUCGCUUGUCUGUGUUUUAUGCAAAGGGCAAAUGUUAAAGGGAGAUUGUAAUAUAUGUUAAGGCUACUACUUAAUGUGAAACUGUUUAAUACUGUCUGAGGUCACAUACUUCUCGGUGGCCACACACACACACACACACACACACAGCCCUGUGUACUGUUUACGGAUGAGGGUUCAUUUUCAUUGCCUCAUGAUUUCGCAUUUGUGGGGUAGAUGUGACACUUUGAAGGAAAUUUGUAUCAAUUAAUCGCUGUGAUCAGUGUAUUUAUACAGAUCAAUUAAUCGCUGUGAUCAGUGUAUUUAUAUAGAUCAAUUAAUCGCUGUGAUCAGUGUAUUUAUAUAGAUGUUAUCAGAGCUGCCAACAAACUACUCUUUACUGCAGGUAUAAUAAAUAUAUUUACCAUU